CGCCGGGGCCGGGGCGCGGCGGAGCCAAUGGGAGCGGCGGGGGGCGCGCGCCGGGCCGGGAGCAGCCUUGAGUAGGGCUUGGCUGUGCCCCUCCUGAGUGCUCAGUAGGAAAGCGGCGAUGAUCACAUUCAUGAACAAUUCGGACAGUGAGGAGGAGCCCUGCAAUGAGAGAACAUCCCUGAUGUCUGCAGAGAGCCCUCCAGUACCCUCCUACCAGGAUGGCCUGCAAGCUUCGGAAGCAGGGGAAGUGCAGGCACACAGGAAGAGGCGAGCAGGUAGCAGCCGUGGCCCAAACAAUAUUGCUGGUGGAGAAAUGUCUGGCUCGGGUAUUCCAGUGAGAGAAAGCGCCCCGGAAAACGAAGAGGAGGAACUGACUCUGAAAUAUGGAGCAAAGCAUGUAAUCAAGCUCUUUGUGCCUGUCACCCUUUGUAUGAUUGUUGUCGUCGCCACCAUAAAGUCAGUGCGCUUCUAUACGGAGAAAAACGGGCAGCUGAUCUACACCCCUUUCAGUGAGGACACCCCGUCUGUGGGCCAGCGCCUCUUGAACUCGGUGUUGAACACCAUCAUAAUGAUCAGUGUCAUCAUUGUAAUGACUGUGUUCCUAGUUCUACUCUAUAAAUACCGCUGCUACAAGUUCAUCCACGGCUGGCUGAUCCUGUCCUCUUUGAUGCUGCUCUUCCUCUUUACCUACAUAUAUCUUGGUGAAGUAUUGAAGACCUACAAUGUGGCCAUGGAUUACCCCACUCUGUUCUUAGUCAUCUGGAAUUUUGGAGCUGUUGGAAUGAUUUGCAUCCACUGGAAAGGUCCCUUGCAGCUCCAGCAAGCAUAUCUCAUUAUGAUCAGUGCUCUGAUGGCAUUGGUUUUCAUUAAAUAUCUACCAGAGUGGUCAGCAUGGGUGAUUCUAGGUGCAAUCUCCAUCUAUGAUCUGAUGGCUGUUCUCUGUCCCAAGGGGCCACUGAGAAUGCUGGUAGAAACUGCACAGGAGAGAAAUGAGCCAAUUUUCCCUGCCUUAAUAUAUUCCUCUGCUAUGAUGUGGACAGUAGGAAUGGCAAAGCCAGAUACAGAAGCAAGAGGAUCAAGUCAGCAGACGUGGGACGCAGCUGAGGAUGGGAGAGAACACCACAGGAACCCUUCACAUACAGACUCUCAGAUCCCAGAGAUGAGGAGUCCUAUUCCAACCCGCCCUGUCACUUCUUUAGAGGAGCUCGAGGAGGAGGAAAGAGGUGUGAAGCUGGGCCUUGGAGAUUUCAUAUUUUACAGUGUGCUUGUUGGGAAAGCAGCUGCCACAGCUAGUGGAGACUGGAAUACUACGCUUGCCUGCUUUGUAGCCAUUCUCAUAGGUUUAUGCUUAACACUUUUAUUACUGGCUGUUUUUAAGAAGGCACUGCCUGCUCUUCCCAUCUCCAUCACCUUUGGCUUGAUCUUUUACUUCUCGACAGACAACCUUGUGCGACCAUUCAUGGACACCCUGGCCUCCCACCAGCUGUAUAUUUAGAAGAAGUGGGAGUUAGAGGAUUCUUUUUCAAGCUUUGCUGUGAAGUAUGGUACACUGUUUGGAAUAGGUCAUAAAAUUUUUACACUUAGUGCCAUAUAUUUGUAAGGAAAACACUAAUUCUGUGACAUGCUGUGUACUAAAAAUCUAAUAGUUAUGUGUUAAACUGAGAUUUUUCACGGGAUUCUUGGUGAAAAGCCUGGCUCCUUGCUGGAAAGCCUGGCUCCUUGCUGAUGUCAGAGUGUUACUUUUAUGUUAUUUGAUGUGCACAGUGGCUGUUGAGAGCACAGAAACCUGUAUGUAGAAUGGGACACUGGAGAGGUGAGGGGUCUGAUCUGGUCUGAUCUUCCAGAAGCUAAGGUGUUUUUAGCCCUGGAAUUGCACACAAGUUUUACUGUGCUGUGGAAUUUCUGAGUCUUCAUACACUUGAGGUGUUGUGCAAACAUGAGGUGCAAGUAAUUAGAAAAGCAUAGCAGGCAACGUGCACAGAACAGAGCAGCAUGUGAGCACUAGAGCAGUGAGGCUGAACUUCGUGAGCUGGCUGCUGUGCACACAACAUCGGUUGAAAUUACCCCAAAUGCCUAUUCAUUCUGACCUUAGUUAGACAUAGUGAGCCAUGAUGGAUCUAGAAGAGGGUGUCAGUGGUGGGGUGCGUUCCUCACAGCAGCUGCUGGAGGUGGGGCCGCCCAUUCCAGCACAUCUGAUCCCCAGUGUGGGAAAACAGAUACUUUUCUGCUCUCUCCUCCCAACAUUUUAAUUUUUUUUUUUUUUUUUACAUAUUUUUCUGAGUCCAUACUGGAAUCCUCAAAUUACCCUAAGGUGGAAAUGACUGAACAACUCCAGUAAAUCAGACCUGUAACUCACUGUGUGUGUUUCUGAUCUCAUUUCUGUGCGUUGUUGUAGCUACUCCAGAGGAGGAAUUACCUUCCCUUUAUGAAGAGGUUCCCUCUUACACUGAUUGAGACUUGGUUUACCUAGGUUUUUGUACUGUUUAAAGAUUUUUUUUUUUUUACGUUACAAAUUUUUAAAUAGCUAUUUACUGUCAAAGGAACUCUUUUGGAAAUAUCCUGUCAUAGUUUGUAUCACAAUAUUGGGGUGGAAACUUUAAUCUACUGUUAUAUUACUUCCAGGAGUAGUUACACACUGUCAAGUGAGUUCAUUAAAAAAAUCAGUGCUUGGUGCCAGUAAAAAGUAUAUAGAUCUGACUGAACCUUUAUGUUUUCUCCACCUUUGAAAAUAACUUUAUUUCUACUCUGAGAGUUUUUCGGUAAUAGCCAAGUUCUGUGACUUUUCCUUUCCUUUUUACUUGAGUGUUUGUUAUGCAAACAAGCUUUUUUUUCUAUGACAGCUGAUCAAUGUCAGAAUAUGUAACACAAGAUUUUGUGAAUAAUGCAAUGUCAGUGAGAGAUGCAGAACUUCAUCUCUGAAAAAACUUUUUAGAUAAGGCUUUGAAUUACACAUUUUUAAUGUAGUACCUUUUUCUAAUAGACUCGUUCAAGCUAA